AUGCGCAAGAUAUUGGCCACCAAUCGUGUUGAACGUCAGAGUUUGAUUUUGGCUGAGGAUCGCUUGGAGUUGGCGCGCCCAAUUAUGGAUCGUGUAAAAGAUGCUUUGCAAGAGCUGAGCUCAGAAAGCCUCUUCAUACGUCUCAAAGCUGCCAACGUACUACGAAAAUUUGUUGGAUUAUCAGAAUUAUGCGCUCAGUAUGUGUUCGAUAAUGGUGGUUUGGAAUGUAUCCUUGAUUCUCUGGAUGGGUGCAAUCGUGGUGUCGGCUCAACGGAAGUGGUGAUCCCACUCUGUUCAAUCAUGUGCAGUAUGAUCAAGUUCAAAACAAUCAAGCAUAAGCUGGGCGAAGAGCGCCGAAAAGAUAUGGUGCAACGGUGCUUCCAUUUCAUGGCAGCGUUUUAUCGAAUCUCCGAAGUAUUCAUGGAUUUGAGCACAAUAGUUUUGGCACUUGAAGAAAAUUGCAAACCGACAUAA